UAACACUUGUUGGUCAACUAAUGAUUCCUUAUUACUUAUUUGAAUUAAUCCGGAGAUAUACAGUGUGCCUUAUGCAUUGUGAUUCCGUGUUCGCAAACGAAAGCGACGGUUAACGAAAUCGGUGCCUUCGCUUUGUAAGUUGUCCGCUAUAACAAGUUUCUUGUGCCGUUUUUCUGUGUGUGUCUUGUUCGUCCAUUCGUUCUAUAAAAAAAAAUGUGUGCACUUCUAUUCGGGCAUUGUGGUCUCAUAAGAAGUGAUGUCAUUGAUAUAAUUUAACCGCAAUGGAUGAGAAUAAUAUGCACGUAAAUGAAAGAAGAAGCAGUUCCAACGUAAAUGGUUCUGUACGUAGAGGUACUACUCCUUCUAAUCUUACGAUCCAGAACCAAGGAACGCCACCGCGACCAACGUCACUCAUGGACUCUCCAACGCAACAUUCUGGAUCUUCGACAAUCGUUCAAGUUAUCGUUAAUAGGGAUGAAAAGGGAUACGGGAUGAAAGUGUCUGGAGAUAAUCCGGUUUACGUUCAAAGUGUUAAACCAGGUGGAGCGGCGGAGAAGGCUGGCUUGUAUGCAGGUGAUAAGAUUAUCGAAGUGAAUGGUGAAAAUGUAAUGUCAUCCACCCAUACACAUGUCGUCGGACUCAUUAGAUCUGCAUCACAAGUUACUCUUACCGUACAACAAAGAAAAUCAAACUCUACUAAAUCAAGGGUGGAUUCCCCAAGCUUACUUACACGUUCUUCAACAUCUCCGUCACCUCACCAAAUAACAGGACCACAACCCGUCGAUCAUGAGAAAUUAGAACAAUUUAAACUUCAAAAAACGAGACAAUUACAAUUAAUGAUUGAAAAGGAGAAGCGUUAUCUCGAACAAUUACGUAGUCAAUACGCCUUAACAAGAAGUGAUAAAACAUUGGAGGAUGUAGAGAAAACCGAAAGGAACUUGUUGAAGUUAAACGGAACGUUGAUGGGUCAUGUUGGGCCGAUUGAGCAAUCACCGCCAUCCUUUUCUACCUCACACAAUCUCUCUAAUGAAAUGCGAAUACACUCUAACGACUUACUACCGCCAACGGCAAACGUUUUAUCGUCAAAAAGUAAAACAUUGCCUCCCCCGGACGUUGCGCCUCCCUUACCCAAACGAAACCGUCCCAGUUCCGCUACUUACCGUAAAACAUCCACACAAUACGCCAACGGAUUAAUGAUUAAUACCAGCAACAACAACAACGGCCAACAAUUAAAUAACAGAACCGUUUCGGGCGUUAAUAUUAGUAACACCACUAAUAUUAUCGGUGGUGAUAGCAAUUUUAAUCAGAGAAGGGAUAGAUUUUUCAAUAAUCAAGACACUCCACCUCCUCUUCCACCGAGAAAUCUCCCGCAACCUCGUCCUGCAAUGCCAAUGUCCUUGGAAAACGAUUUGGAGGCCGCUAACUCGAUAAGUAAACAAAUGUCGUAUCCUCUCGUGGCAACAUGUGCGACUAUUAUAAAUAGCUAUCCAUUAAAUCAUUCGCAUCAUCGAACGAAAUCCAGUCCCGAUUCUUUGUUAAUGAUGACUCCCGCUGAAGCUUCCAGACGACUUAUUGCUUCCGAAAGCAUGUCGGACAUCCGACCUGCUGGCUAUGGCCAAAAUGCAACUCCACCAGGAACUCCUCCACCUCCAUAUCCAAAUGCCAGUCCAGAAGUUGCUAGAAGACAAUCACUUAAUAAAGAUUUAGAUAUGGAUAUAUCUGAGGAUUACGUGGAUUUAUCUUUUGGAUCACCUUCCAAAGAAAUUAAUUUAAGUAGAUCAAUGAUCGGAGCAGGAGAUAUUCACGCAGCAAGUUCUCAAAUAGCCCAGCAACGAAUUAUAAGUAUGGAGGAUGAUGAAAUGUCUGACCAAGAAGUUAAUCAACUGGAUGAUCAUGGCCCAUUUAAAUCUCUUUCGCGCCUUUGGGAUAACACUCCUCACCUUGCAGUAUUCAUGAACUAUGUCCUCUCUAAUUCCGAUCCGAACAGUUUGUUAUUUUAUCUCUUGACGGAUUUAUAUAAAGAGGGAAAUGCCAAAGAUAUGCGAAAAUGGGCUUAUGAAAUUCAUUCGAGUUUUUUAGUGCCUGGUGCUCCUCUUCGUCUAGCGAAUGUAGAAGAAGGAAUCGCCCACGAAAUUGAUGAUGUAUUAAUGCGAGAAUAUGAUAAAGAAGAAAUUUUAAGAAAAAUUUUUUGGAAAGCGAGAAAUAAGGCUAAGGAAGAAUUGACUAAACAAUUAAAUCAUUUCCAACAGAAAAGAACGGCUGGGCUUGGCACUAUGUAUGGCCCAUCUGAUGAACAAUUAUGUAAUAUGAACCAUGAAAAAGCUAGGGAAUUGAAAAUUUAUGAUACCUUAUUAGUGGAUAAGUUGGAUCCUUAUUUAGAAGAAAUUGACAAAGAAAAUUAUGAUCCAAAGAAAUAUUAUACAGCAGCUGCUUUAGCAACAGUUAUAAUAAGGAUAUUUGGUGUUCGAAUUGUUGCUCCUUUGGAUAGGUUUCCUAUGUUUGUUAAUAAAGAAAAAUCGUUUCGCACAAAGUUUAUGAAGUAUUUACCUAGAAAGUUAACUGUACAGGGACAUCAAUUUAACGCACAACAAUAUUAUACUGUGAUAGUUUGUAAUCAUUGUCAUCAAAUUAUUUAUGGAAUAGGUCCACAGGGUUAUCAGUGCUCAGUUUGUCUUAUAAAUCUUCACCGGACAUGUGUGAAAUUAUACGACGAUUCAUGUCCUGGACCUAUAACAAAGAAGGAUCGAGGGAUACAAAAAGUGAUGGAAAAGAUUGGCCAUCGAGGAAAUCAAAAAAGGAAAUCUGCUCCUCAUUCGCAUUUGGAUCGAAAACAAGACGAAAAAGAGACUCAUAAUCCAGAAAUUGGUAAGUCAUAUUACUUUUUUUUUUACAUAUUAAACCGUUAA